ACCUCUUCUUUUGUUAUAGCCCUCGUCUGGAGCCCAAUGAAAUCUAAAGCCUUUGCUUCAGUAUCAGGGCCUGCAUUAUCGUCCAAUGUUGCUGCUGUUCCUUCGACUGGCACAUCUAUCCUUUGCAACGCUGUCCGCCAUAUGAGCUACAAACUAAAGACUAACUCUGCCGCUAAAAAGAGAUUUGUUGCUCUUCCAUCAGGGAAAUUCAAGCACUGGAGAUCAGGAAAGCGCCAUAUCAACACAGGGAUGGAUCGUGGUCGUCUCAACAAAGCAGGCCUUGCUGCCUAUGCUACCCCUCGUCAAUCGAAGCACUUACGUCGCUUGAUGCCAUAUGCGUAAAAAAAAAAAACCAUUGGCUUCUAUGAGUGCGAGCCGGGCCUCCUAGGAGCAAAAUAAUACACAACAAACCAUAGACAUUUACAAGCUUACUUUAUUUUGUGG